GGGGGCGGACGCGGGGAGCGGGGCCGCCAGCUGCCCGGGGCUCGCACGCCGCGGCGGGCGCUGCCGAUGGGGGAAUGCGGGGUUCCCACCCAGGUCCAGCUGUUUCUCCGCGCCUGCGACCAGGGGGACUACGAGAGCGCCCGGCGCCUGCUGGGGCUGCCCGGGGGCGGCGCGGAGGCGGCGGGCGGCUCCGCUUGCGGGGCGGAGGAGGCGGCGGAGUCCGGGGCAGGGAGGCGGCAGCGCCUCCCCCCCUCGGUGCCAGUGGACUGCACGGACGAGGCCGGCAACACGGGGCUGCAGUUCGCCGCGGCCGGGGGCCACGAGCAGCUGGUGCGGUUCCUGCUGCGCAAAGGGGCCUCGGUGCAGAGCCGGAACCACUACGGCUGGAGCCCGCUCAUGCAGGCGGCCAGGUUUGGACAUCUAACCGUGGCUCACAUCCUGUUGGACAAUGGUGCUGAUCUCAAUGCACAGAAUAAGCUGGGAGCCAGUGUACUUACAAUGGCUUCUAGAGGUGGCCACGUCAGUGUCGUGAAAUUGUUGCUGGAAUCUGGAGCUUUUGUUGAUAAUUAUGACCAUUUUAAUACCAGUUUGGUUGACAACAGCAAAGAGGAACUUCCCGAUAUAACACCACUAAUAGCAGCUGCACAGCAUGGAUAUGAGGCAGUGGUGCACUUGCUGCUGGACUGGGGAGCUGAUUGUAAUUACACUGUGAAGACUGUGGGCUGGAGUCCUCUAAUGCUGGCAGCUGUUAGUGGAAAGGUGAGCUUGGCACAACAACUCAUGGACAAGGGAGCCAAUCCUAACCACCUAAAUGUGCUGCAUAAAACACCUUUUGAAAUCUCCAGUGGCUUCAAAGAUAAAGACAUGAAAGAUUAUUUGGAAUCACUAACAACAAUCAGACGCCUGACAGAUAAUGACAAGAGGCAGCCUGAUGUCUUUCAUGCUUUGAAAAUGGGAAAUUUUCAGCUGGUUAAAGAGAUUGCAGAUGAAGACCCAAAUCAAGUUAAUAUUAUUAAUGGUGAUGGUGCUUCUCCACUGAUGAUUGCAGCUGUAACUGGACAGUUGGCUCUUGUACAGCUGCUUGUUGAGAGAAAUGCUGACAUUGACAAACAAGAUAAUGUUCAUGGCUGGACAGCCCUAAUGCAGGCCACAUACCAUGGAAAUAAAGAUGUUGUUAAGUAUUUGUUGAAUCGCGGAGCUGAUGUCAAUCUACGUGCAAAAAAUGGAUACACAGCCUUUGAUCUGAUAAUGCUACUGAACGAUCCAGACACAGAACUUGUACGUCAACUAGCAUCAGCCUGCAUGCAAGUAGACAAAGACAAGGGUAAGCAGAACAACAAAUCAUCUUUGCCCUGUUCUAGAAGUAGACAAUCUUUAAAUACCCCGAUGUUGCCAGAUGACAAGGGAGGAUUAAAGUCAUGGUGGAACAGAAUGUCCAAUAGAUUCCGCAAGCUGAAGUUGACCCAAACAUUGCGUCAUGGAUUUUCCACCAGUCAGUCUGUGCCUUUUACUGAUGAGCCCGAGUCAUCUCUGAAUUCCACAAUAAAAGCCACUUCACAGCCAGAUGUGAACAACUCUGGAAACUGUGAUGCUGCAACAGCUUGGACCACAAAUGUCAAAGCUAGCGGUGUGUGCACAAGAGCAGGAAAGGAUGAUGAAUUAUUGACAACCAUGUUAAGAAGUGGUGCUCCAUUUACUAGGCUACCUAGUGAUAAACUGAAAGCAGUUAUUCCUCCUUUCUUACCUCCUUCAAGUUUUGAGCUGUGGAAUUCUGACCGAACACGAAUGAACAAAGAUGGCAAGACUGAACAGAUGAGGACUGCCUUGCCACAACGUGGGAUCAAACAUGAUUUUAACAGCAGUGCAAACUCUGACAUAACAUCUGUUACCAAAGGAACUAGACCCAUCAAAUUGCCAGCCUUUGCAAGAAGACCUGCUUCUCCCUCAAAUUCAAGCAACUUCAACCACUCGCCACACUCUUCUGGUGGAUCCAGCAACAUCGCUGGAAUUAACAGACAUGGUGGAGAACUCCAUAAUAGAUCAGGUGGCAGUGCAGAUAGUGUUUUGUCUCAAAUUGCAGCUCAAAGGAAAAAAGCAGCAGGCUUACCUGAACAGAAACCCAGCCAGCAAUAUAGCUCAAUCCACACAGCUGCUUCAUCCACUCUUCCUGAGCUGCAGCAGUGCACUCAGAUAGCUGGCAAUGGACGUAUUGCAAAGCAGAAACUGGAGAUGAACAAAAGACCUCCAUCUGGGACCUCAUCUACAUCUAAAAGCACAUCACCAACUCUCACACCAUCCCCGUCUCCAUCCCCAUCCCCUAAGGUUCACAAUGCGGAGUCCUCUCUCUCUUCCUUUCACAGACAAGCCAAGAGCAAUGGUGGCUCCAGCAGUGGAACUAUUACUGAUGAAGGCAACCAGUUGGUGGACCAUCAAAAACCUGUCCACAGUUUGAGAACCUCUGACAUAGAGAAUCAUGAAAGAAGAAACCAUGUGAGAGUAAAAGGAGUUUGUGAAAACUUGGAGAAAGAUGAGCUGACUAGUAUCCUUAAAAAAUUGUCACUUGAGAAAUAUCAGCCUAUUUUUGAAGAACAGGAGGUGGAUAUGGAAGCCUUCCUCACACUUACUGAUGGUGAUUUGAAAGAGCUGGGUAUUAAAACUGAUGGAUCAAGGCAGCAAAUUCUAGCAGCUAUUUCUGAACUGAAUGCAGGAAAGGGACGAGAGAGGCAGAUUUUACAAGAAACUAUACACAAUUUCCACUCUUCCUUUGAGAGUAGUGUUAGUAAUACCAGACCUCCUGGCAAUUCUCAGUGCAUGAAGAGCAGCAUCGUGCUGGCAUUUCAAACAGCAACACCUGAGCAAUUGCAAGACAGAUAAUUUUAGACAAUUGUAAACACAAUUUUGGAAAUCUAUUGAGGUGCAACAACCACAAGCGGCCUAGCAUAACAUUCUGUUUAUUUUCCCCUAGACUGCAGCACAGUCUUAAACAGCAAUAUCAGAUAAAUGCCUAUACGCCAGUCUUUCUCGACAAUUCUGUUUUAUUUAGAUUCUUAGACUACUCCUAUCAACAGGGAGUCUGAGCGCCUUCCAGAAGUGCAGUUAGCAUCAUGAAUAGCAUCUGUCACAUCUGGUGCUCUCCUUAUUCUCUAAAUGGGGAAAAACUAUAGAAAAACUUUCUAUUAAAUUAUAUGGCAAUGAGCUUAUCCCUCGGGACCCUACAGUGGCUAAUAAAGUCCCUCCAAUCCAUGAGCAGCUGUGGGGAAACCAUAUGGGAAAAUAAUGCUGUAGCAUUUGUGUGAGGAUUAUCACUAACUCUUUGGAAUAAUUCCUUUUUUCCUCUGGAGCAAGGUGAUAUUUCCUGGAGAAAUGGCUGCCUGUAACAAUUCAACUGCCUACAUUUUAAAUAAUUACUAAAUUUGCUCUGAUCAUAGCAUGCCCCCAAACCUCUUCUUGCCACAUUAGUAGCUUCCCCUAUCACUCCUUGAUCUUGCUAGGGACAAGUCCUGAGCAUGAGCCCAUAAGAAGCGGGCUGACCUUACCAUUGCACUCUAGGGACCAGACUAUGCUUACACUAAAGCUUGGUAUUCAAAAAUAUAUUGGUAUUGUUAUCUUUCUCAAAACAGUUUGCAUUCCCAGCUUGUGUGAUGGAGUGCUAUAACUACCAACUUCAUUAUUUUCAAUUCAGUCACUGGAAUGGAUGAUCCAGCUCUUGAGGGAAGGUGUGCAGACUGCCCGCCCAGGUUCACACUCCCAGAAUAAUCAACAACAAGCACAAAAGCAAGGAGGAUCUGUGUGUGGAAUUAGAGAGAAUAUACAGAUUUAAGGAGAUGUAGUACAAGGAAAACAAAGACAGGCAGAAAAAGUAUUAAUAGGUGACAAAUUCAGUUCGGACAAAGACCGAGUAGAUGUCUUAAAAGACAAACUCGGCCAACCUAAAAUACAUAAAAUGAGUCGGUGUUCCUUUAGGGAACUGUCCCGACUUAGACGUCUGGUUACCCAUACAGGAGGACUUUACACACCAAUCACACAAGAAGAAAAGUCGGGUUCGUCAGAGCGAUGCCCGGUGCAACACACAAAAGGAGCCCACAGGCUACUGCCUCAAUCGCCCUUUCUUUCACACCAAGGGUUUUACCCAAGGCGCGGUGCGGCUGCGAUUGUGCAGAUUUCACUCACUCAGACCGUGGGGACAGGAACCGUUUGGUCAGCCGAUCCCCGAACGGAGACGGCACCCAGACUCAACACACCACAGGGAGGACGGAUAGAUACAGAGACAAGACAGUCCUCAGUCCGGACAAAACACAGAAAUAAUUACUUGACCAGUUUCCUGAUGUCAGAUCCCAGGAUCCCUACCAGAACAGAGUUGGAACCAACAGGUUCGAUGGCAUAAACUUCACUGUGGUCAUGCACCCUUACGUUCUGGCGGAGGACCGCUCGGGCCAAAUGCCCCGGUGCCGGCUUGCCACGGCCAUCCUAAGAAUGGUCAGGAGUCACACGGCCCCAGUGAAGAUGGUUGCCAUCUCGGUGGAACCUCCAAAUUGUCAAAGUCAGAUUCAAGAUUCACUGAAUUUGUCAGACCACUCUGUUUAUUAGCAAAGCGCUUUGCCAGUGCACCCAGAUAUGUGUGAGCCUCCUGCGAAAAGCUCAAGCCAACACAUUUAUACAGACAAGCCAAAGCCAAUCCAACAUAGGAGACAAAAGGAAGCAGAAACUGACAAAUAUACAUAUCUUAUUUGCAUACUAACGUUUACCAAUCUCCUAGCUCAGUAGGAGCUCUAAGUUAAUUAGUUUGAGGACCCAUUGUCUCACACUCCUUAAUGUUUCUCUUCCUGACAACUAUAUUUCAACAAAUCUUUCAAGCAGCAUUUCUUUAAUGAAUUAUAAUUUCAAUAUAAUUCAUUCUACUUUCACAUAGGCUAGUAAGAAAUAAAUGGGUGAUUAUAUGGCUAACUAAAUGCAACGUGAGACAGACUUGUGGAGGAAGGCAGAUUGUUCCACCUAUUGCUUUUUAAUGUUUUUUUGGGACUAUAAACUCAAUUGCUGACUGUGCCCUCAGCCACCCAGUACCUCCUGCCAAGGUCACUCACUGCUUCUGGAAAAUAUAUAUGAAAUUCACUACAAGAACCUUUGGAAAAGUUGAUGUGUAUAUUAUAUUUUUGGCAGCCAACCUGUUUCAUAAUAAAGUUUAUUGUU